CGCGUUGUCAGAGUCGCGGCAGCCGUCUUCAAGGGAGGCUGUCCGUUUUGUACGCUACUCUGGCGUCCUGGCCGUGGGGUUGAAUCACUUGCAAGCAGCAGUGCGCGUCCUGACACCCCCAGUUGCUCCCAGUGACACGUGUAAGGGACAGAAUCACAGUGCGUUGUUGUUUGUUUCUUUGUUUGUUUUGAUUUGCUGUUGAUGUUGUUUGUUGUUACUUGGCGACUGACUGUGACCAUUCUACUCUUCUCAUAUCGCAAAUCUUAUCUGUAAAUGCACAAAGGACCAUAGUGUCCAGACAUCUCUCACUUUCAUUUUCGUCUUACCUGGACACUAGACUUUGAACAAAAGAGAAUUAUGAGAGUCUAAUUUUCUGCGGAUAUCUCAACAUAUGAUAUAUUUUCCUAGUAGAGAUCGUAAAUGAUGUACCGUUUUUACCAAUCUAUAUAUUCCAGAGUAAUUUUAUUAUGAUUUUGGAUACCAGAGAGGUUGAAAUUUAUAUUCUUGAACAUUGAACAUUUUGCAAGCUAUGUACUGGAGAAACUGAAGUUGAACUGGCUACGGACCUUAAAUAUUGAACGCUUUGAGAACUGAAUACAUUGUCUCUGUUGGAAAAGAAGUUGAGUCAUAGAUCGUUUAAGAAUUUCAUAGGUGAAGGCUGCUCCUAGUAGAAGUGAACUUUAGACCGCGACAGAAAAGUAUACGCUUUGAGAACUGAAGAAGUGACGUUGAACCGGCGACAUAAAGUGGAACACUGAAGACGUAGUCCUAGGUAGAAGUGACGUUGAACCGGCGACGGACGAAGACGAAGAAGUGACAGACGAGUUCGCCGCGUGACGAAGAGUGCAGCUGAAUGCCAGCAAGUCUGUUGCCGUAUCUUCCGGUGACGCUCGGAGCAAGAUCCCCGCCAGCUGGUGUCCCAAUGUUAGCCAUGUCAACACUGAUGAUGCCUGCUGCCACGAUGACCACCAUGACGAACCCGGGACCGAUUCCCGUGGCGCAGGCAAAGUUCGCUGCCGGUGGCGGUGGGGUCGUUGGAGGACCCGUGGGAGAACGAACAGGGGGCGAACCCAACGGCAAACUUGCCCCACUGAACCAUAACGCUGCCGGAAACAAGUCAGAACACUAUCACAUAUUCGUCGGUGACCUGAGUCCGGAAAUCGAAACUCAGACACUGAGAGAAGCUUUUGCGCCUUUCGGGGAGAUUUCGGACUGCAGAGUGGUGCGGGACCCUCAGACACUCAAGUCCAAAGGUUAUGGGUUCGUGUCCUUCGUCAAGAAGGCGGAGGCAGAAAGUGCCAUCGCGGCGAUGAACGGUCAGUGGCUGGGAAGCAGGAGCAUUCGAACCAAUUGGGCGACCAGGAAGCCUCCCGCCCCCAAGAACGAAGUGAACACGAAGCCGCUGACGUUCGACGAGGUGUACAACCAGUCAAGCCCCACCAACUGCACGGUGUACUGCGGUGGUCUCACCAACGGCCUCACAGAGGAGCUCAUGCAGAAAACCUUCUCACCCUUCGGCAACAUCCAGGAGAUCAGAGUCUUCAAGGACAAGGGUUACGCCUUCGUAAGAUUCUCGACCAAGGAGUCAGCUACUCACGCCAUUGUGGCUGUCCACAACACGGAUAUCAAUGGUCAGACGGUGAAGUGUUCCUGGGGGAAGGAAUCCGGGGAUCCGAACAACGCCCAGGCAGCCGGACAGGUGAGUGAACAGCCCCUGACCGGAGCACAAUACCCGUACGCCUACGGGCAGCAGAUGGGGUACUGGUACCCACAGAGCUACCCGACCACUGCGGCAACGGCAGCUGCGGCCCAGAUGCAGGGCCAAUUUCUCCAGGGUAUGCAGGGGUACACGUACGGGCAGUUUGGCUACCAGCAGGGGUAUAUGGGCAGGAUGGGGAUGCAACUUCCGGCGGCUUGGCAGGGGAUUCCCGGCCAGCCUCAGAUACCGGCCGCCGCCCAACAGAUGGCAGCAGCGGCGCAGGGGGCAGCUAUGCAGCAACCCGGAGGAAUGAUGGCCUAUCCAAUGCAACAGUUUCAGGCACAGUGAUAUGCAUAUGCCGUCAACUCCCAUCAUGCCACGCACAUUCUUGAUACUAAUACAAUAGCGAGAAGGAAGAUAUUGCAUAACGCUUAAUUAAUUUUAAAACUCGACACGGACCUAAAGCAUUAAUUAUACGUACAGUAGCUUGUGAGAAUAAUGUUGGAGUGCAAUACAAUAUUUUCGGAUCAAAGCCAUGGUUCAUUUAUACACAAACAUUGUGCCAAUUAUCCCAGGUCUUGCCAUAUUCAAAGACAGCGCAAAAUAAAAUGGGAACAUCCUUUUUUUUUUCCCUUUCAUAGCACACGAUGCGAAACAUCAUGUUAGGAUAGUGCCAAUCCGUGGCUUGCUGAAAACGCAGCUGUUUCAGUCCAUCCAUUUUUAUUAUUACACAUUUAAAAGAAUAAAAUAAUUUACGUGGUACCAUCAGCAAUUCAAUUAACCUGUUAGAAAAGUCUUAGAAGCUUCUAAAAAUAUAUCCUGUUUAGGUGAGAGGUUAUAGCAUAUCCUUAAUUACAGCCGGGAUGAAGGGAGUAAUCUGUGAUAAGUGUAAUAGAAGCAAAAACGUUGCUCUAAUGCGAAUGUCUUGCAGAUAUCAGUUUGCUGAAACGUAAUCUGCGAAAUCUUUCUACGAAGUGUUUCAUUGUACCUGGGUUCCGUUAUACUCCUUUAUCAUUGGCGAAUGGGUGAUCCUGCUAAAAAUUUACUUUCGAAUGAAUUAAGGGUAUGCCGAAGUUAAGAGAUCUCACUUAAACACGUCUGUUGCUCAACUGCACAGCAUGAUACUUGUCAUUUACAUAUUUGCAAAAUCUUAGCAAGAACCCGCCGUAUGCAGUCAUAACAUUAAUCAGUAAACUCUCGGAUUGCUUCAGUUGGCAUUAUGAUUUCCGCAACAUUUCUUCAUGUUAAUCGUGUUAGCCGUUUUAACUCGGCAAACUCUCUUAGAAGACAAAAAUAAACCACAAACAAAGUACAGAAGACAUUUCACUUUUUGGCUUCCAGAGUGUUAGCCGAGAUAACGCGGCUGACACGUUCAAGAUGAACGCUCCGCCCCUGCCUUUCUCAGAGUUUCUAUUAUUUAUAAUUUUACUUACAUUUAUUUGUCUGUAUACUGAAUAGCCAAGGGCCUUCAUGCGAUUAAAUUGGUCUCAGAUCCACCACAAAUAUUUGUCACAAGUUGACCUCUACCCUUCCAAUACUCGUCUUUUUUCUCGCUCAGUGAUCGGUUUAUCGUUUAUCAGUUGCAAUAAAUUUGUUGAUGUUUUCGAGAUCUUGCCAAGAUUUUCUGAUUUGCAGUAUAAUUACGCAAUCAAAGCCUGACAGACGAAUGUUAUCAGCCCAUGCAGUGAACGUAGAUAACAUACAACAUGUAAUCAGUUACAUAUAUAAUUAUAAAAGAGUAAGAAGAGAUUAGAUUUGCUAGCAUGGCCAACAUUUUGUACAUUUCAGAAUGGCCAUAGAUUUUUAUUAAAUAUAUGAUAAUAGGUAAAUAAUACUAAUUGGAAUAUGAAAAUAAUUCCACAUAGAUAACUACAUUCCAUUUAUGAGAUGUGCAUAUGAUUUUGCCUAAAAAGAAAGGGCAUCGAACCAGCAUAUGUUUCGUGCACUAAGUGUUCAGAGAAGUCUUAUAUUGUACGAGAGCCUGAAGAAGU